AUGACCUUGACUGCGUUCCAUGACACCGGAUGGGUCUCUCAAUCUCUCCCGCAAGUCUCCGCACAUGCUAGCCCAGUCCAGAAAAAGGGGCGCCGGCAAACGGGCACGCCGUGGACCCGCUCCGGCUGUUUGACAUGUAAAAAACGUCGCAAAGGGUGUGACAAGGCUAAGCCAAGCUGCAAUAAUUGUCUCAAGCAAGGUCGCAAAUGUGAGGGUUAUGGCGAUCUCUGGGUUGAGCCGCUUGGCCCGUCGGCUCAAGUAUUUGUGCAGGCGGAUGCUCCGAAGCUGCCUCGUUUAACGGCCCAUUCUCCUCCGCGUUCAUUAUCACCGUCCCCGUCGGUGUCUCCAUUCUCAUAUGCAUGGAAUGAUUCGCAGCUAUCGCCAGUCUCAUUGGACUGGUCGACCCCGUCUUCGCCACAACGAAUUAUUGACAUUGAGGCCGAAGAGACUACUCAGAAUCAAGACGAAAACAUAGCAACAGAGCCCAAUGCUCAAACUACCUUAGCAGUCAUUAUGCAACCUCAAGGGUACCCUAACCCUAGCCAUCUUUCGGGCCAUGAAUCACACUAUCUACAAUAUCAUGUAGAGCAUGGAUCCAAACUCCUCGCCAAUCUCGAAAGCGAUGACAAUCCACUCCGGUCUUUGCUAAUUCCAUGCGCCAUGUCCUCUCCACUAUUGAUGAAGGCCGUGUGUGCAGUCUCGGCUCUUCACCUCGCGAAUCGGUCGCAGGAAUGCAGCGCACAGAAUGCCGCAGCGACAUUUUAUGGCCGCACUCUCAGCGGUAUCCGGACAGCCAUUGCCAAAUGCUCCACGGAAUUUCUUCCUGACGAUGCUAUGCUCGCAGUUGGCUUGAUGUGCAAGUACGAGAUCGUUCGUGGCAGCAUCAAGCAGUGGGUUGUGCAUCUCCACGCAAUGCAGCGUCUCAUCACGUCUCGCGGUGGCCUCGGGUCAAUGAACCCUGAUGCAGCGCAAUUCCUUCGAGGACUAUUUGUCUACGCCUAUAAUAUGGCUCGCAUUAGCACCCGCAAGCGCAUCGCAUAUUCCGACCCUACAGAGACUGAUAUCGGCCCUCCAAGGCUGGAUAUUUAUAUUGGCUACACCGAAGAAAUCCUCAAACUCUGCGGACGCAUCGCUGAGCUACCUUCGCUGCAAGAUGACGGCAUUUCUCUGCAUCUUGCAAUAGCAUCUAUAAAUGACUCACUCCUAUCAUGGACCCCUACGUCAAUCAACUAUAUUAUUCCAAAUGACAUCACCCCCGCAGCCCUAUCCCGACUCCAGCUCGUCGCAGAGUGCUUUCGCGAAGCAGCAUUUAUUUUUCUCCACUCGACCCUUGAGCGCAUGAGCGCGAACUCUGAUACCCCCCAAACAGCAUUAGACCUAGAUGCAUUCUCUAUUUUCACCCCCAUAUCACCCCCCGAAAAAACUCGAUAUCUUACAGAAUGGGCCCCUUUAAUUUCAACCCCAAAAUCAACCGCCAUUCACCGGUGCCUCGCACGCGUCGAGUCCUUCCCCCUCGACGACCACUGCGAGUACUCGGCGCUCACAUUCCCGCUAUUUAUUUCAGGCUGCGAGAGCGAAGUUUUCGCGCACCGAGACCUUAUUAUCUGCUCAUUGUGCAAGUUGCAGACCAACUUCGGCAUUGGAAAUGUCGAGCGCGCAAAGGAAUUACUACGUAUCCUCUGGGCAAGACAAGAUGCCAACGCAAAAGAUAUUGCAGCUGGGGGCACAGCGUCGAGAAAAACGCAUUGGAUUGAUAUCCUAGAAGAGUUGCAGUGGGAAUUAAUUCUCGUAUAG